AUGAUCAUCCCUGACCGCGUGAACAGGCUCUAUUACGGGUACGGCGUCGUUUGCGCGAGCCACCCCGUACGACUGAUCGUAUUUGCCAUCACUGUUGUACUUCUUUGCUGUUAUCCCUUAUUCAACAUACCGGUGCCAUGGCACAUGCCGAAGGACACUGUUGUUCCGGCGCAAAGUUUUCGUAACGGAUUUGCAACGCAUGGGCGAUUCAGUUUUGCCAAUUUCUCGGUCCCUGAGUGGUACCGAGCCGGCGCCGAACCUCUGACGUAUGUGCAGCAAAUUGUUGUUCAAGCCUCAAUUUCUCACUGGAAAGAAGAACUGUUGCUUACCGAUGCCUUCCGAGGUCCUAUCGGAGUCGCAUUCGAUGUAGCGAAUACUGUGGGAGACUUCAAGGCUGCGAAUGAAGUGAGCUUGAAAGAUGUUUGUUUCCACGUGGAUGAGCCUGUUGGAGCAUUCGCAUCGAACUUCACGAAUCUUUUACCGAGGUUCAAUUGCCUCGUGCUGUCUCCGGCGUCCUGCUGGAGUCAAGGGUUGCAAAACUUCAUUGAUGAUGCGAAUUUCCUGGGCACGCUACAUAAUCUACAGGGCGUGAAGAAGUCCGGUGUGAGUUUAGCGGAGGUUUUUUUCGGAAUCCCCUUCAAAGAAAGCGGUUUGAAGCGGUAUCCCUCACAGAAUCGGAAGAGAACGCUGACAUUUGCUGUGAAUGUUCUUCUCUCGAAAUACGACUUUCAUUUUAUCGACGAGCUGAGGAAGCGGCUGGAAGUAAAAUAUGUGCCGCUUCGCGUCGAUGAAAAGGAAAUCGUGGUGCACCGGUUUUACGCGGCCAAGAAUGGUUUCAUGUUUGCCAUGCCGCUGACAGCUGCGUAUCUCGCAGUUUUCUUGUACAUUUACUUCAGCGUGCACAAGCUCGAGCAACUGCGCUCAAAGCUCGGGAUAGCUUUUGCUGCCCUGGUGACAGUGUUUUUGUCGUUGUGCAUGUCUGUCGGGAUCUGUGCGCGACUUGGUCUUCGCAUAGUGUGGACGGGAACUGAACUGUUUCCGUACAUGAUCGUUUUGAUCGGUUUGGAAAAUAUUCUGGUGGUCACGAGAAGUGUUGUAUCGCAGUCCAAGAGUCACUUGGACGUCAAGAUCCAGAUCGCGAAGGGAUUGAACAAAGAAGGCUGGAGCAUUACGAAGAACUUGCUGAUGGAAGUUUCCAUUGUUACGAUUGGCUUCUUUCUGUUCGUGCCGUGGAUCCAGCCGUUUUGUCUCCUCGUACUGGCUGGGACACUUUCGGAUUUCUUUCUCCAAAUGACUUUUUUCGCUCCGAUUCUGAGUGUGGAUUUGAAACGAAUGGAGGCCUUGGUUGCAGCUAGGCCAGCUGCGACUUGUCUCGCCGAUCUGUCCGUCUUCCGGUCACAUUAUCCCACUUACGUUGUCGCCCCAGCGUCUACUGUCCCAUUGCCCCGUCGGUUGAGACUGGUGUUCUUCUGGGCACGUUGGAGAGUGAUUCAAAGAUGUUUCAUCGCUUUCAUGCUCAUUUGGUUCUCCUUGGUGGCGUAUCGUUUGUUCGUCGUUGGCAUGCUCGGGGCCCUGGGGAACUUUCCAGUUGCAAAUGUUUCUGCUGUGGCCGAGGAGGUAAAAGCAGCGACGGAGACGAUCGUGGAGUUGAAGAAGGUGGUUGUGAUUGAAGAAGAAACGGAGUCUUCUUCGUCCUCGGCGGCGUCUGCGUGGAAACGACUGGCUCCUGGACAUUGGAAAGCCGUGUUUGACUUGUACGGCAUCUCUGUGUGGGACAGGUUCAUAACUGUCUUGCCGCCAAUUUUGCUGACUGCGAGUGUCGGUCUCGAUGAAGCUCUGAAGCUACGGAAUGCGAAAGACGCUGAAGUUAGCAAGAAUUUCGAAUUCAGGACGUGGAACAUGGGUCUGGAUGCCGCUGAUAUUCAUGAUGCGACUGAGCUGAGAAAGACGUUACCACCUGGUCUUGACACCAGUGGGUACUGGGGUGUGGACGGAUCCGCCUAUGUUCCGCAGUCACCAUUGCAAGUCGUCUACGCGUGUCUCUUGGCUGUUCCGACCUUGUUCUUUUUGGCGUAUUUGGCAGUGGUUUUAUACCGCUGUGUCUGCACUAGACAUUAUGCCGAAUGGCGGUCAUCUUCGUGGUGGGGAUCUCAGCAACGCGAAGCACCUUCGAUCGAUGAUGAUGGCACUCAGCUUUUCAUGGAGGCAGUGCCGUUGAUAUUGUCGGGACAUGUACAAGAAAUCGAAUGUCUGGGGUCGAGCGAUGGUCGAGUUGUUUCCGUGUGUCUUGGAGGGUCUCUUCGUGUCUGGGAUCCCAACACCGGGCAGUGUCUUCACAGCAUAGAAAGAAAUCGAGAAUCCGUGGAUGAGCGGCAAAGUCGGUAUAAGGACCCUACGUGCAAUCUAGACGGAGAAGUGGGUGACGACUCGGACUAUGGUUCGGGUUCGCCGCAGUCUCACGACACCUUGGAGCGUCUUUGGCAGCGAAACAAGCGGUCAUCAAUGCCAACACCGACAAUGGCACUGGACUUCUCGUGGACUCAUCGAGCAGUUCCGUUUCUCGAGGAUGGUGACUGUGAAUUGCGCCACAGGCGAAAUCGAAGUUUAGGUGACGUCGUCAGGAGCGAAUCUGAUCAAUGCGACGCCGGGAAGGCUUGCGUUUGGGCGAUGAGCAUUUGUGAGGAUUUCGUGGGUCUCGGGUGUUCAUCGGGUGACGUGGAAGUGUGGGACGUUGCUGGUGGACAGACGCACUGUUACGCUGAGAAGAAAGUGGGAGGUCAAAACGAGGCUGUGACGGCUAUCAGCCUGGUGAAGUCGAAGUUUAAAGGCGCCGACGAACCGAAGCUCGUUGUUAUUGUUGCCCGGUUGUCUGGAAAACUCGAAUUUUACGUAUUGCGAGGAAUUUCGCUACCUUCAGAAGCCGGUGGGCCUUCGCGGAUAAAAGGUGGGCGUGUGGUGACUGGAGGCCAGGACCACGCAGUGCGAGUGACGCGUGUGGACACGGGAGUACCAAUGUUCACGUUUCAUGGGCACUGCGGGCCCAUCACGGCCCUUUUUGUUGACACUGUUGCGCCGAAUUCGGCGUGCACGGCUUCGCAGGACGGAAUGCUUUGCAUGUGGGAUCUCUCUUCCGGGUUUUGUGUGUACCAGGUCCAAGCGCAUGAUGGAGUCGUGUCGUCCAUGACGUAUACAGCUGCAUAUAUUGUUACGUAUGGUGGUGAUGACACAUUGCGGAUCUGGGAGCGCUUUCAGGGUCACCUCUUGCACGAAAUUCAAUUGGAUUGCUCAUACAGCGGAUCGAUGAUCAUGCUGACCAACAAACUGCUCGUUACCGCACGGAAAGGCUCACUAGUCGUGUGGGACGUCACUCUUGGACAAGCCGUUCGAAUAGUUCGUCUUGGCGACGGCGAUGAGUGCGUUUCGGUGCGACAAAUAGUUUCCGUUGAGCCUGGGUUGCUCGUCUGCGAUUAUGGUCACCAGCUGCGGGCCUUGCGGUUCCCGACUGUGCACUGAUGGCAGAUGCUUUGAUUUCUUUAAUUGAUCUAGGUUCGUCGAGCAUCAGGUGUGUGUUGGUCUUCGAAUUAGUGGUGGUAUAUGGAUUACCGGUGAGUUCGAGAAUGCAGCGGUCCUGAAGGUCGCCUGUUUUUUGCGUGACCGUUUCAUUUCGGUCUUCUGUUGAUUGAUACGUUAGAAUUCCAGGCUAAUUUUUGGAUUUAUUCGGAUGGAGCGUAGUUUGAGAGAUGAAGUGAGCAUACACCACCGAAGAUGAGUCAUCGUGAUACAAGCGGCGUCUCUUCAAUCACUGUUUCUCUCCGUUGUUUACCUGAGCACAAUUACAAAAUAAUUAUGAUAAUUGGUAUGCACAUAGGAAAUGUGGAUUUUAAUGCAUGACUCGUCGGUCAUUGUUGAAUUCGCGACAGGCUGUGACGUGCUGAAUAUUAUAGCAAGAAUAAUUAGAAAAUCCUGGCGAUGAAAGUAUCGUUGAUGGCUGAUUUCGCUUGAAUAUGCCUGCGCUGCUCUGUUCCAUUAGCAUCGGUACAAAUUUUUUGCAUACACUUUUGCCCAUAGUUCAUUGUCCCAGGCAUUCCGAACGGGAACUAUUUCGAGAGGGUUCUGUAUUUCGUAAAUCAAAGAAGCUACUUCGGUUGCGCGGCAUUGAGUGUUUUUUUCCCCUCAUAUUUCUUUUGUUUUUUUGACCUUGACACACUUCUCAACUUCUCUUCUAUUUAAAUAUCGAGUGAUCUGAGAAUAGCGUCAGAGGAUGUCAUUCUUUCUUUCCCCGGUGUUGGUUCAAGCUGUGAUGUCUCGUCUGAAAAACCGACAAUUUUCACUUCCGCCUUAUUUUUCUUCUUGGAACAGUUCUCUAAGUUUCUUUUUUUUUUUCAUGUCGGGAUUCUCAGCGCGGGGGGUGAAUAUUGUUUUGUAAGUGUGUGCCAGCUGUUGAGAUUGAAUCAUGGUGUUAGGGUUGCUGCGCGAAUCCUGCGAAGUGGAAAAAUGAUGAGAAAUGUGCCAAUGCUGAGUUUA